AACAUAUGUUGUACAUGUGAAGUGGUUUUUCAUCAAUACACUUUAAAUAAUGUAAAAUCUUUCCAAUUUUUUUAAAUACGAUCAAAAUUCAGCAUUAAACAUCACACCCACUGGAUAAAAUUGUGAUCUGCUCUUGAUAAGAAAAAUACCCCUGGAUUGUACUGUAAUAUAAAUAGACACAGUUUCUAUAAAGCGAAUAAGACUACACUCAAUUGAAAAUGGAUAAGACUGAAGAAGACAGUAAUGAAACUAAGCAUUUGUCUGACAAACCAGUGCACAAAUUAGACGUUGGUAAACUUUUAAAGGAAAAGUACAAUUGCAUGUCCCUUCCUACGGAAAUUUCAAACGUGGAUCAUUUGAGCCCGGAGGAGAUUGUCAAGUUGAACCCGAGGUACUAUAAUUACAAGUUGUGCUCUGACGAACACAGGCAGAAAUCGGAGGACUUAAUGUCGAACUUCCCGCUGAGUGUCGCGAGCAAGGGGUCAAACAACUUCAGAUGCUUAUUAUAAAGGAUGAUCAUUUAAAAAAUACAUAUUAAAAAAAUCAA